AUGAGGGUAUUGACUCUCGCCGCCGGUCUUGCCUCGGCCGCUGCGCUGCUAUCGUCAGCCGUGCACGUCGUCGAAGCUUCCAGCACCGAGGCCAAGGUCCACGGCCAUGCAGAAAAGCCCCAGUUCGCGGCCGCCCAGAACGUUGAGCACCACGCUCGGAGCCCUCAAGAUCCUAAUGAGCUCGUUAGCUACGACUAUGGAUACUCGUUGCCGGCUCCUCCGUCUCCCACUACCUACGGAGACGAGUCUUCUUCGUCGUCGACUACCGCUUACGGAAGCACUUCAAGUGAUGAUUCAUACACCGGAGUCAGCUCGGUCGCUAGCGUCACCGGCGCUUCAAGCAACUCUUCUUCGUCAACGGCGACUUCGACAGACACCGAAUCUGGUACCUUGGCUACAGUUUCAGAGGAGCCCACGCUGUCAAGCUCAUCUGGGACAUCAUGGAACUCUACAACUGCCCCCUGUCACUUCGCCAAUCACCACGGGAACGGCAUCCGCGACGCUGGCGCCGCCAUUCACUGCGUCCAACUCGUCAGUGACAACUUCAAGCGGCACUGGCUCUCCCGCUUCAAUCUCUGCAGGCUCAACUUCGGAGUCGACUUCGGCUACCGGAUCAGCCACGCUGGCGCCGCCCAUCACAAUGACCAUUGGCAACACCACUACUCUGCUUCUACCAACGACCAGCCCAACAUCACCCACAUCUUCGAGCUGGAACACCACAGUCCCGCCAAGCUCGGCGUCUAG